UGGCUUUGUGUGAAUGAGACAGAAGCUGCCCAGUGAAAAGUCACCACAGUAGGUCAGUGCGCUUCCUCACUUUGAAACCAUAUAGGGAAUGCUCUCAGACGCCACAAUGGAUUCCUGUUUUCGCGCACUUUGCAUGACUUUUGUCCUGGCAUCGUUCACCCGGAGGUCAGGUGCGGUCGGACCGGUUAUCAAAUGCGAGCCAUGUGAUGCUGGAGCGCGGCUUUUGUGCAAACCUUUACCCAAAGACUGCACCGAGAAAAUCCGAGAACCGGGCUGCGGCUGCUGCAUGACUUGCGCGCUGAGCUUCGGCCAGCCGUGCGGCGUGUACACCGGGAGAUGUGGCUCCGGACUGACUUGUCAGCAUCAGGCCGGUGAGACGAAACCUCUGCAGGCUCUGCUGGAGGGACGGGGGAUUUGUGCAAACGCUACUAGUAAACGACUUACUGCCAGACCAACACCUCCAGUCAAUGAACUGCCAGCAGAAAAUAUUGAGACUCAGGAAGAGGAGAGGAAUUCCACCGGCUCAGGCCUUCAAACCUUGUACAGCACCCACAGACCCACGGGACCCCUGAGACCUCCGCUUCACCCUUUUUUCCCCUCUGCCAAGUCAGAAGUCCUCAGACAGGGGCAGCAGAAGAGAACCCAGAACUUUAAAAUAGAGGAGCUCCCAGGACCACUCAUCACAGACCAACAAAACUUCUCUCUAGAGACCAAACAGGAGCCUGAGUAUGGUCCUUGUCGGAGGGAGAUUGAGAACAUUCUCAGCAGCCUCAAGAUUACAGACAUUCUCAACCCCAGAGGUUUCCGCAUACCAAACUGUGACAAGAAGGGCUUCUAUAAGAAAAAGCAGUGCCGUCCAUCCAAAGGCAGAAAGCGAGGCUUCUGCUGGUGUGUGGACAAAUACGGGCAGCCUUUGCCAGGUUUUGAUGGGAAGGAGCGAGGAGACGCCCAGUACUACAACUCCGAGAGCCAAUAGGAGCAGAGCAGGAUGGAGGGAGGGAGGGUGGGAGUGAGAGCAAGAAGAAUUGUAAACAAAUGGAGAUACAGAGGAUAUUGGGAGAGAGGUCAAGAGAUGGCUCAGCCGAUAUAUGGAUGUUUGCUAUUUCUAUCUGUUGCCUGUGGGACCUUUUCUGGGGCAGAGCAUGGCGAACAGAUGAAGAGUACCAGGAGGAAAAAGCCUCCGUGUCACAGAUGCAGUCUUAACUUUUCUGCGAUGGAUGGAUUCUUCAUAAGCUGUUUGUCUCUGACCCAACAAGGACAACUUUUGAGAAGUGGAUAAACUUCUCAACUUAUCUCAGAAGCCUUAUUCUGAUUCUAAAACACAGAGACACAAACACUGAUGAGAGUGCCCUUCAUUUACGCACAAAACAAGUGGCAUUGCACAUGUGUACAUGCAUGUGAUGUGUAAUCAUAAUUUGUAUGCUUGUGAUUUGUUAUGAAGACAUUGUGUGUGGUCAUGACGACCAUAAAAUGUAUGUAUGUAUGAAUAUGUGUUUCAGACUAAGCAUGCGGUGCCUUACUAUGAAUUCCUAUUCCUAUGAAUUCCAUUUUUUUCCGGUCGCUUCCUGUUCCCCGGGGAGUUGGACUGGACUGUGCAGCUCGAACACUACAGUGCAUAUAAAGUUAUUAAUGCUGGAUCUCAAGCCACAGAAAGAGGGACAUUUCCUUUAAUCUGUACUGUGGUUGUUACUGUUUUGUUGUCACUUUGCAUAAGCUGAAUUUUUGGGAUAAAGGCCAUAAACCGUUAUCUCAGAUCUCUGUGUAGCCGGUGAUAAUUUUCAUCACUUGCCUUGGUUUAAGUAAAUACGCUGUUUGCAUGUACAAUGCAACCCUCAGAGGUCUAUUUUUACUUAAUAAAGGCAGUAUAAAAUUAUCCAGGUAUUGCAUUUUAAUUUUUUAUCUUCAUCUUGCCUUCUCGUGCUUUGAGUGUGUAUGAAUUGACUUUUUUGACUGUGGAGAAACACAUUUACAAAUGACCCUAUCAUGAUGAGAUAACUUUUUAUUUGGAUGCACGUCCACAGAAUUAGAACAAUAUGUACAUUGUUUCCAUAAAACCAAUAAUGGAAUAGCAGCAUUCCUGGCAAAUUGCAUUCACAAACAAUUUGGUCCACUGCACAUGAGCUCAACAGCAAACAAAAGCAUUAACACGAGUGAAUCAUAAUAAAUACUUGAAUAUUUGCUAGAAUAAAAAAACAAGAAAAAGUCCCUAAUGUGAGAAAGGUGUAGCUGAGAAGAGCCCUCAGCAAUCCUCUGCUAAACCUGUGGGCCUGCAGAGACUAGUAGAGGUAGACAAAUACAGAACAACCCAUCCCAAACCUCACGGUGGCUUGGAUGAGUCCUGAUAUGUUUGUGCGUGGCCACCGUGCACAUACUUGCGGCACUUUAACUAUUUCCCCCAAUACCCAUUGAGGAAACGCCAAUGGAGAUACAUUCAGACAAUGUCAACAUGUUGAAUGAAUGAACAGCUGUGUUGUUUCGUGCUGUGCACAGCUCCAGUUUUGAAUGAAUAAAAAAAAAAAAACUGAUCCUGAAGACUCUGAAAUGGGCUUGGCAGA